UAUAAUCAUUGAUUAUUCAUCAGGACUGACCUCGCUAACUAUUCCAAUGCUGAUAACAAUUGAACGUUUAGUAACGAUAUUUCAUCCGCUAAAGGUAUCCAAAAUUAUCACACCUCUGCGAACUUUCCUAGCUAUAUCAGGCGUGUUUAUUUUCUGGUAUGUAAAUUUUACAUAUACCGUAUUUUGGACUUCACUGAGUGAUACUUAUGACAUGCUGGAAAACAGAACCGUGUAUGUUAUCAUACGCUCGUCCUUGUAUGACCACGAUAAAGAUAUCGUGGAUGACCUAGAAGACCUGUGGACAUAUUCGAGUUUACGAAUACCGCCAUUGUUUACUUUCAUCGGUUGUAUUAUUAUCGGUAUCAAAAUUAAAAUGGCGUCAGUGAAAAGAAUGCAGCUGACGGGGCGGGAAGUGAGUGGGUCAAUGAACAGAACUACGAAAACACUUUUGGCAGUGUGUGGGAUGUACACAAUUACUUGUAUUAUAAUGUUACUGCCAUAUUUUAUGCCGCAGUAUGCCUCUUAUUCUGUCAGCGAGGAAACGUCGACAGGCAUAAGUCAAGUGUUGUAUCAAACAAUCAAUGUGGUGAUGUGUAUCAACAGUUCGUGUAACUUUAUUAUCUACAUCGUCUUUAACAAGAAUUUCAGAGAUGCGUACAAGGCUUUGUUUAUCAAGAACCGUCAAGUUAACGCUUCAGUCGGGAGGUUCAGGAAGUGA